AUGGACUUUGAGGUCUCCCUCGAGAACGAGCAGCAAUUCUGGGACGAGAUACAAGAGAUUGUUUCCUCCCCUUGCUCCUCGGAAGAUCAUAUUGAUAAUGCGCUGAGGUCUUAUUUGAGUCUGGCGACCAAAUACAAAGAUGAAUACCUUCAAUCCGAGUUAGAUGUUACGAGGUGCUCGUAUAAAUUGCUUGCGUCGAAUAUCUUUGUCGCUCAUACGGAUUAUGUGCGGAGACAGAUGGUCUAUGGGUUGUUGCAGGAUGACGACCCUGCGACUCUUCACCUCAUCGUAUCGUUCUUGCUCUUUGACGGUCGACAGCAUGACGUGGCGUUUCGGAUGAUGAAUGAGGAGGGCUUGUUCCCCAGGUUGUUGGAGCUGCUGCAGGCGCGGAAUCGGAAGGAGGAAGAGGAGGUCCCUGCGGGGUUGCAUCGAUUGCUGAUGGAUUUGAUGUAUGAGAUGUCGAGGAUUCAGAGGGUCAAGAUUGAGGAUUUGGUUCUCGUGGAUGAUGAAUUCGUCAAGGGCCUCUUUGAUAUCAUUGAGGAUCUGUCGUACGAUGUUAAUGAUCCUUAUCAUUAUCCGGUUAUUCGGGUGUUGCUGGUCUUGAACGAGCAGUUCAUGAUUUCCGCGCAUGAUCCGGUCGAUGAGAAUACGUCCAAUGGCUUGACGAACAAGAUUAUCAAGAUCUUGGCCAUGCACGGCAACCUGUACAAGACUUUUGGGGAGAAUAUUAUUCUUCUGAUUAAUCGUGAAGCCGAGACAUCGCUCCAGCUUCUGACGCUCAAGCUCUUAUACCUCAUAUUCACUACCCCGACCACCUACGAAUACUUUUUUACCAAUGAUCUUCACGUGCUAGUCGACAUCCUCAUUCGGAACCUUCUGGACCUGCCUGAAGAGGCGUCCGCUCUCCGACACACAUAUUUGCGUGUUCUCUACCCACUACUGGCACAUACACAACUGAAAUAUCCACCCUUCUAUAAGCGGGAGGAGCUCAGGCGGGUGCUUAGACUGCUUGUUCACGGUCAGCUCUCCGAGAGUGGGCCUGACCGGGAGAAGAUAAUGCACUUCGACGACGUGGAUGAGACAACACGAAGGCUGGUUCUUCGAUGCGCAGCUGUUGAAUGGCUUCGAGACCCCGAACCAGAAAAGCCAUUUCACGAUGAAGAUACCACGCCUACGGAUAGUGUACCUCCUGAUGCUGAGUUCGGGGAACCACUGGAAUCCUCUCGGACUCUUUCACCCACAAGCACGGUCGACAGCUCUCCUGAGAACAUGUCGCCCACCAGACUGGAUGGUCCAGACUCCAGCGCGUCAAGCAUGGCUGCGCAUCACAGACUCAACCAAGCGCAACGAAUCGGCAUGCACCUUGAGCACGCAUCAUCCUCCAGCCUCAGCGUCCAAGAAGUAGCAUCCCAGCAUGUGAAGCCUGGCAUCAUAACACCCAGCCGCAACGAUGCCCGCGCUGCCAUCGAUAGCCCAACGAGUCCAUCAAAGCUGCUGGGCAAGCCCAAAGUCAAGCCUCUGCCUCCGAGACAAAGACGUUGGCGUGGCCGGCGCGACGACGAGCACGGACAAACUGACAAGAUCCCCGAAGACGCCGAAUCUCAACAUACAAGCCCACUCAUUCCACCAGCAACCCUCGUCACCGCCAACAGCGCCAGCGAGCGCACAAAUUCCACCGGCAUCGUCCCACCCCCCGUCCCCAGUCACUCACGCCGUUCAGCCUCCAACCCACCUCCGGCUGUCCCUCCACCCCGACGCUCAACAGUUCCCCACCUCCACGCAGGCCAUGGAGGAGUAGGUCACCUUCCUGUCCCAGUCACGAGCCACUGCACUCCGCUUGCCAGUCCUUCUCGACUUGCACAGCAACAACAGCAACAGCAUCACCACAGCGUCAGCAGCACCAGCACACUCACCACCGCACCAUCACCUACCCCGCCGGCCGCCACCCCUGUUACUCAGAAACACACGCAGAAACCCGAACCCCCUAAAACUCGUCGUCGCGGCCGCACAAGGACCGGCCAGGCUGACUUGACUUAUAAACCCCCUCCCGUGCCGGAUUUACCGGCGGAGCAUCUGCAGAAUGGCCAGCAGCAUAGCCACACAGAUAGCGAACCCAAGACCAACGCCACCGUGAGUGUUGAGGAAGCGGUGCAGAACGUCAGUCUUGAGUAG